AUGGCCCUCCCUUAUCAUAUUCUUCUCUUUACUGUUCUUUUACCCUCUUUCACUCUCACUGCACCCCCUCCAUGCCGCUGUAUGACCAGUAGCUCCCCUUACCAAGAGUUUCUAUGGAGAAUGCGGCGUCCUGGAAAUAUUGAUGCCCCAUCGCAUAGGAGUUUUUCUAAGGGAACCCCCACCUUCACUGCCCACACCCAUAUGCCCCGCAACUGCUAUAACUCUGCCACUCUUUGCAUGCAUGCAAAUACUCAUUAUUGGACAGGAAAAAUGAUUAAUCCUAGUUGUCCUGGAGGACUUGGAGUCACUGUCUGUUGGACUUACUUCACCCAUACUGGUAUGUCUGAUGGGGGUGGAGUUCAAGAUCAGGCAAGAGAAAAACAUGUAAAAGAAGUAAUCUCCCAACUGACCCGGGUACAUAGCACCUCUAGCCCCUACAAAGGACUAGAUCUCUCAAAACUACAUGAAACCCUCCGUACCCAUACUCGCCUGGUAAGCCUAUUUAAUACCACCCUCACUGGGCUCCAUGAGGUCUCGGCCCAAAACCCUACUAACUGUUGGAUAUGCCUCCCCCUGGACUUCAGGCCAUAUGUUUCAAUCCCUGUACCUGAAGAAUGGAACAACUUCAGCACAGAAAUAAACACCACUUCCGUUUUAGUAGGACCUCUUGUUUCCAAUCUGGAAAUAACCCAUACCUCAAACCUCACCUGUGUAAAAUUUAGCAAUACUAUAGACACAACCAACUCCCAAUGCAUCAGGUGGGUAACUCCUCCCACACAAAUAGUCUGCCUACCCUCAGGAAUAUUUUUCGUCUGUGGUACCUCAGCCUAUCGUUGUUUGAAUGGCUCUUCAGAAUCUAUGUGCUUCCUCUCAUUCUUAGUGCCUCCUAUGACCAUCUACACUGAACAAGAUUUAUACAAUUAUGUCGUAUCUAAGCCCCGCAACAAAAGAGUACCCAUUCUUCCUUUUGUUAUAGGAGCAGGAGUGCUAGGUGCACUAGGUACUGGCAUUGGCGGUAUCACAACCUCUACUCAGUUCUACUACAAACUAUCUCAAGAACUAAAUGGGGACAUGGAACGGGUCGCCGACUCCCUGGUCACCUUGCAAGAUCAACUUAACUCCCUAGCAGCAGUAGUCCUUCAAAAUCGAAGAGCUUUAGACUUGCUAACCGCUGAAAGAGGGGGAACCUGUUUAUUUUUAGGGGAAGAAUGCUGUUAUUAUGUUAAUCAAUCCGGAAUCGUCACUGAGAAAGUUAAAGAAAUUCGAGAUCGAAUACAACGUAGAGCAGAGGAGCUUCGAAACACUGGACCCUGGGGCCUCCUCAGCCAAUGGAUGCCCUGGAUUCUCCCCUUCUUAGGACCUCUUGCAGCUAUAAUAUUGCUACUCCUCUUUGGACCCUGUAUCUUUAACCUCCUUGUUAACUUUGUCUCUUCCAGAAUCGAAGCUGUAAAACUACAAAUGGAGCCCAAGAUGCAGUCCAAGACUAAGAUCUACCGCAGACCCCUGGACCGGCCUGCUAGCCCACGAUCUGAUGUUAAUGACAUCAAAUGCACCCCUCCCGAGGAAAUCUCAACUGCACAACCACUACUACGCCCCAAUUCAGCAGGAAGCAGUUAG